CGUCAUCACCAAAGACCUUUCCUGUCCCUCGUGUCAUAAUAUGGUCGUCUUUGGAGUGAUCUAUCGGGCAAUGACACGGACCUAAAGCCAGCUGAGUUUAAAGUGUGAUUCGAGGAGUUCUUCGGUGAAGCCAUGCCUCGCUACGAGCUGGCCCUAAUCUUGAAGACAAUGCAGCGGCCGGAGACGGCGGCUGCGCUCCGGCGCACAGUGGAGACCUUGAUGGAGCGGGGCGCAGUGGUCAGGGACCUGGAGAACUUGGGAGAGAGACUGUUGCCCUACAAGAUGACCAAGCACAGCGAGAAGCACAGCCGAGGGGCUUACUUUGUAGUCGAUUUUUACGCAGCCCCCGACAUCCUCUCAGGCUUGCUCAAUCAUCUGCACCGCGAUGUGGACGUGGUGAGGCCUACUGUGCUGAAGAAGGACGCCCAGGUUCCCAGCACUAACUGCUGCGGUCCCCAACAGUGACUGAAUGUUUCCGCAGCUCACAUCCAGAAGAUGUACAGUGUGAUGCUCCCGUCUUUGACCUUUUCCAUAGUUUUUGGCCUGCAUUGGGGUCUAAUGUUAUAAUAAAGUACUUUUUUCUA